UUUACUCCACCCCCUCCUCCCACCGCCUCCCUUCCCCCAGCCGCUGGUGUCCACACACCGACCGGAGCGCAGACUCUCUUGUUGUCACUUUCCCGGCGAACAGACGGCAGCAGGAGGAGGAGGAGGAGGAGGAGGUAAUCCCAUCCCCAGCAUCCACCCCACCCCUCUCCAAAAAAAACCAGAAACCAGCGGCGGGAGGGGGGGAACAAAACCUCACGGGACACCUGUGCUUGUGGAUACCCUCCUUUUUGGCGCUCUGGUGGGAACACACUAUUCCAGAACUGAAUUCACACCCAGUUUGUGGAUGAUGAGGAGGAGUGAUUAAAACUGGGAUGUAGACGCGGAAACAAGCGGCCAAAUCUGUCUCGAUUGGCGCUGACGGAGCCGUCGGCGGCACCCGCAGCAGCACCAGUGCUCGGCGGAUGGAGAUGCGUUGUGAAGGCGGAGGGAUGAUGAUGAUGAUAUAGCAGGUGCUGCAGGGUCGUGCCGCAUUGCCUGGCCGCCGUGAGCGACGCCGGGGAGACGGUGAUGCUGUCGUCGUCAUUGUGCCACGGAAAGACAGAGAAAGAGGGGAGAGGCUUUGACAUGGACGGAAGCGGCUGUCUGUCGGCUCUGAGCUCAGGCCGCCCGGAUCAGCAGGUUGGAUGUGCCGCCUGAAGCCCGGAGGACCUGAUUCAUCACGUACACGGUGGGAAAAAAAUAGUCCUGAAGUUGAAUGCAUGCGGGUGGAAUUGAAAUGUUUCCGUGCGUAAAAGUGAGCGACCCAUAUGUUGAUAAUGCACAAGAGGAGCAUCACAGCAGCAGCGUCUGUGCCAGUUCAGGGUGGAUUACGUGUACAGAGCAGCAGGCCUUCAUCUGAAGUCAGCUACUGAUCAGGAGAGCAGACAGACAACAAUCAGUCCACUUCUCUACCCUGUUGCUGCUGGAGGUUGCCUUCCCCCCCCUCCCCUCAUUUUCUUUAUUUCCUUAGGACGCUGCUGUGUGGUCCCCUGUGGAGGGACAGCUGUUGCAAAAGAUGACUCACUUACAGGCUGGCCUCUCUCCAGAGACCCUGGAGAAGGCCAAGGUGGAGCUGAAGGAAAACCCGGAGACUUUACACCAGGACAUCCAGGAGGUCCGGGACAUGAUCAUCACCCGGCCGGACAUCGGCUUCCUCAGGACAGACGACGCGUUUAUCCUCAGAUUCCUCCGAGCGAGGAAAUUCAACCACUUUGAGGCGUUCCGGCUGCUGGCACAGUACUUUGAGUACAGACAGCAAAACCUGGACAUGUUCAAGAACUUGAAAGCCACCGACCCCGGCAUUAAGCAGGCCCUGAAGGACGGUUUCCCCGGAGUGCUCUCCAAUCUGGACAGAUACGGCAGGAAAAUACUGGUUCUGUUCGCUGCCAACUGGGACCAGAGCAGGUACACGUUUGUGGACAUACUGAGGGCGAUCCUGCUGUCGUUGGAAUCUAUGAUAGAAGAUCCUGAGCUGCAGGUCAACGGCUUCAUCCUCAUCAUUGACUGGAGUAACUUCACCUUCAAACAGGCGUCCAAACUGACCCCCAGCAUGCUGCGGCUGGCCAUCGAGGGGCUGCAGGACAGUUUUCCUGCCAGAUUUGGAGGAAUCCACUUCGUGAACCAGCCCUGGUACAUCCAUGCUCUCUACACCGUCAUUCGACCCUUCCUCAAAGACAAAACCAGGAAGAGGAUCUUCAUGCAUGGCAACAACCUGAACAGCCUCCACCAGCUCAUCCACCCAGAGAUCCUGCCGUCAGAGCUCGGUGGGAUGAUGCCGCCGUAUGACAUGGGGACGUGGGCUCGAACGCUACUGGACCACGCCUACGACGAGGAGACUGACUACUGUCCGGAAUCCUACACUCUGUCAGUACAAGACCUGGAGAGAGACCUGGAGAAGAACCUGUCCCCAAAAACCAUGAAGAGGUCUCAGUCAGUGGUGGAACCUGGAGUCCUGAAGCGACCAGACAAAGUCAAGAGCGAAGAAGACAACAUGCAGCCGCUGCUCUCGCUAGACUAAACCACACUUUAACAGCUGACAAGCAAACGCAAAUCAGUAUUUACACACACAAAUACACUGACUUACCUGUGCACAUACUGGAAGCAACGCGCGCCCUGCAAAACACCUUCCUCCAGAGAAACGCUGCCGCACCUACUGCUGGAUUCAAGUUUCAAGACGGCCAGAGACGAGAAAGACGUUUCCUCAGAUCAAAGGCCAUCCUAAGAGCUACUGAUGGUGUUCUAUAUAUUUAUUUAUUUAUUUAGUUAUUUGUCAAGUGCCAAUUCAAGAAACUGUAAAUUAACGUCUUUAAACAAUCCAAUGUGGGGCAGGGAAGACACGGCUCAAUAGCAAGCAAAACUGAGAACAAAUGACAAACAAAUGGUGAAGGUCCCACAUGUGUGUGAAAACAGUGUUUCUUACAGUUGUAUAAUAUAUAGAUGAGGAGGGAUGUGAAAAACUGGAUGUCAUACUUCAAAGAGGGCUUGGGGCCACUGCCGGAGCUCCGGAGCAGCAGUUUUUUUCUUUUUUGUACAGUAAUUCGAGGAAACUGUGGGCAAGAAGCACGGCUCAGGAUUAGCAGCAGCAACACUAUCGAGCUUGUUCAACCUCCUGGACCCAAACUGGCAAACAGGCAGUGGGUUUACUGGGAGUUUACUAGGUGUUUAUUAGGGGGUUUGGCGUCUUUCCUGUGAAAACAAUGUCUGAACUAUCGGUCUCGCUCCAGUUAUCUCUUGGAAAAGCAAACCCCCCUUUACGGUAAGAGCUGGCUCUAUGAAUCAUCUGCUGUUUCCUUUCAGCCAUUUUCUCUCUUUCUCUGACCCACAUGUCACAGAGUAGAGUACUUUCCUCUGCCAUUAGUUGAAAGCUGCAGGCUCUUUUCUGAACAUCGACUCACAUCAUUAUUUAUUUGUUUGGCAGGAGAUGACCAAAAGAUAUAUUUUCAGAAUAUAAUGGGCUGCCAGACAAAUGAAGAAGGUUAAAUGUAAUUUUAUAAAAGCAGAGAAAAGGCAAGUGUCAUCCUCUCCUUUGACUUUGUGGCACGUGUUGUAUUUUGGCAAUAAUAAUCUUCUGACAAGUCAGACAUUACCACAGCAAACCAUCUGUUUCCAUGCCAUCGGGGUAAACAUGUCAGUAUUGUAAGAUUUGGGAAUUAGGCACUAAAGGACUGUACUGGUGUGUUUGCAUGUUUAAUAGAAAUUAUACAUAUGUUACACAGUAUUAGUGACUGAUUAUUUUCUGCCACAUACCCCAAGAUAGAAUUAAUUUAUUUUCCUUAAUCCCAGCUGUGAUUGAAUUUCUUUGCAUUUAUUUAAGCACAUAAUUAGCAUUUGCAGUUUGACACUUGCUAGCUUUUUCUUGAGCUUUGAAUUGUAUUCAACGCUAAAAUAAUAAUUAACAGAUUGAAGACUUUAAGCAUUCAUGUGCCGUCAAGUGACAAGAAAAUGACUUCAGUAGCACCAUUAGGUUAAUUGUUUUCUUCUUUUGAGUGCAGGAAGUACACUGAUCUCACAAUUCCUGCGUUCAGUGUGUGGUUCAGGAACUAGAUAACUUUUAGCAGCAGACUCUUACAGUCUUUUCACACCACGCUCAUUUGAAUCAGUUGUAGAAACUCCCACAAACCACAACUCAGACUCAACAGCCAAACUCUGGUCUGACAAAAGGAGGUUUUAGUCUGGAUCAAACUGAACCACUGUGUUUUGUCUCUAGAUUGACAAAUUUUUUUUGGAUGAAAGUUAUCGGAGAUAUUAGUCAGAAUGGGGAAAGGGGAAAGACGAGUUGCCGUUACACAAGGUGGAAAAAGCAAUACUAAACCAGUGAGAAAAAAAUUAUCUUUUGGCGAUGAUCUACACAGCAUUGGGGUGUAUUCCAGUGUGGAACUUAUGGGUUGUUUAGGUAACCUUCCUUUGUGUUCCUGCUGCAAGAACUGCCACCUGUAGAACCUCUUCUCGGGCCAUCUAUGUAAUGAAAAAAAUACCUACUCCAGGGCUGGUACUAUUGAGUGGCCCUAUUGAGAGGACAAGAAAUGGCUUUUUCCUGCCAUCUCGAUGUUCUCAUCGACUAUCUGUCUUUCUCCUCUUUAUUAUUAGCAUCAACAUUGUAAAAUUUACCACAUGGGUUAACAUAACAAACCCUCCAUUUUGUUUAUUUUCUAUCUGCCAAUAGAACUAGAGCCACUUGAAGCACUUGAGCUAUACACCACUAUUUGUUGUCAUGUUGAUGUGCUCUGACUUGAUGUUGUGGUCAAAGCUGUCAGAUCCAACUCAGCAAUGGAAACAGAAAGCCUGAAAUGGUCACUUAGGUGGUCAUUCAUGUGAAGGUUUCCACCUCCUUGCAUUUGUCUGAAGUUCCUGCGGUGGAAAGCUGCCUGUUUUGGGUAUUUGUCUACAAAUCACUCAAUGUCAAGUAUAGGAAGAUGCAGCUCAUGUGGGCAAUGAUGACAGGGAGAAAGUAUGCAAUAUGAAGUACUUCAGUGCACUCAUGUAAAAGCAGUAUGAAACCAAAAGUAACCAAAUCAGUGAAAACAAUGAAAUAAAAACAUGAAACUUCGGUUGGAUUUUCAGGUGUGGGAAGGCCCUAAAGGGUGUCCUGUGGAGUUUAGGACCAGUAAACAUGGACAGAAAUGCUACAAAAAUUUGAAAUAGCAAAUAAAAUUUAAAGCAAUGCUUUGUUUGUUUACAAGACAAAAUCCACAAGGCCUCUUUAAAAUGUUUCCCGAGCACACCACACCUGCAGACAUCUGGUUAACUGCAAUAAUUUAGCCCCAAAAAGUUCACUGAAUAAUGACACAGCGGGACGGAAGUUGUAAACAUGACUGAGAGUAAAUGUGGUCAAAGUAUGAUCCUUCAUUUUUUCUGCAUUUAUUAUUUUCUGUACAGAAACUUUAAAGACUAAACAAUUAUUAGAUUUUACUUCAGAUGAUCCAUAUUUAAAGUACAUUAUUUUCUUAUAAUUAGUCAGAUUACACUUGAAAUUCAGCCGGUAGAGAAACUACUGCUGCAGUGUAGAUAUAGUAGGAUAUAUUGGCACACACUAUUAUUUGCUUGCUCCACUAAUGUUUUCCAUAAAUACUUUUUUUAGCAUGAAACUGUCACCAGCUGAAGGUGUUUGACAUGUGGUAGUUUAUGUUCUUCCACAUCACCCAUUCCCCACCGGCGCAUGCAGUGCAAAGGUAUGACAGCCGAAUGUUAAGACGGCAGACAGGACAGGAGGCUGGAAAACUGUGACUCUGAUGAGCAGAGCAGCAGAGGCGGGCUGGAUAACAGACAGCAGAGCAGAUCACAGAAAAGCCGGCAGGCAAGAAGCGUGAGGUGGCCGGCUGCAAUGAGAGCAGACAGCUGGAAUGUUAAACUAUCACACCAGCGUUCAUGACAUGUCAACCCCACUCACAAGCGCUCAGAGGCUCAACCCUGCGCAAAGUGGAGUUAGACUCCGUUAUCAGUGGUUCCCCCUUCGGCUCAGUGUGGUCCGUAUGGUUCCACUGAAGUCUAAAUCAGAGUUUGAUGGAGAUAAUCUGCCAGUGUGAUGAUGAUGAUGAUGAUGAUGAUGAUCACUGUGCUGAAUAUGUGAUCAGUCAGCAGCAGUGAGGAAAGCCUGGAAGGAUUCUUCUGUUUAAAGCUCACAGUAAUGUCUCAUUGAAUUUUUAUUAUUAAUUCACCCUCUGCUUCACCCCGUGUUGCUAAACGUGUUGGGCUUUUGGUUAUACACGGCACGUAUUCAGAUUACAAUGGCACCAGUGACAGACUGAGCAGGUCCCAUAUCGUGCCCCUUUUUAGCAAGUUAAUUAAAGUCUCAUGUGUCCCCAGUGUGUCCUUCACAUUUCAGCUCAAAAUAGUGCAAAUACUGAUUUCAUCCCUGUUCUAAAUAGGCCGUUUUAUAUUCUAAAGCUUUAAAUGCAGCUGAUUUGCUUCUGCUCAAGCCCCUUACAGGAAGAAGACUCUCUUUUCGUCUGUGAUUGACAGCACUGCAAUGAAAACAGUUGGGAAUUACUUUUUAUUCCUUCUAACUUCUCCCUAAGUGAUCAUUUUACAUGGAGAUUUCAUCAAAUUCAAAGAUUUGAACCUUGUUUUUCAAAAGAGAAUUUUAGUGAAGCAGAGAUAAGUAGCUUACAAAUAGCUACAAACACUGGUUAACACGAAGUCUUAAUGGACUGAAUUUCAGUCACUACUUAACAUUCGUUCAGGUGUCUGACAGCAGAAACAGAAACGUGUAAAUGACAACAUCUUCACUGUGAAUUCAGUUGUAUUAAAAUACAGUAUGUGAACACUGAGAGCAGCAGAGAAGCAAAUACAUUUAAGCACUCGCUCAGUUCAGGUUGAGACACAAAUUAUUAGGGAGAAAGAAUGUAAAAAUGAACUUUCACCAACUUUCAAUUUAAAUGUGUCUCCUUCAUUUCAUAUAGUGGCAAAGCUAAAGAGGCUAAAGCUACCAGUGUUGUCAGGUGGACAAUAAUCAACGUGUUUGUACAAUAAUGUGUACAAUUAUGACUAAUAAUAUUUUUUUUAAAAAUCAAUCUGUACGAUGCAUUUGGCAUGUCAGAGUUUAAUUUUUUAAACUAACAAUAAAAUGCUAAUGAGCUGAAUUAGAACCAGCCUGGCCAGUUGUCAUACAUUAAACACUUCAAGAAUGUCUUUCAGAAAACUGACCUUGAAUCUGCCAUUAGUGAUCCAGUCACAUUUCUUUUGACGCCUCAUGGGAGAGUCGCUUGUUAAUCUCCAGACCUGUUGUGAGCAGACUUUCAAGUGCUCCAUGUGAUUUAUAUGUAUUAAGACCCACUCUGCAGCCUGAAUUUUCAAGUCUUCUUUGUAGUCGCACCAAAUUAACCAACUUAAAUGAGCAACUUUUCAUAUUCGUGCAGCUUGUUGCUAAGCAAAACCAAAUACAGUGUUUUCUUUUUAGACAAUUCAUUGUUUAGAGUUCAUCUAGGUUUUCAUUUUUGCUGUAACUGACACUGGUGAUGCCACGAUGACAGCUCUUUGUCGACAUGUCUUUGGUUCUUUUCAUCGAGGCUCAUGUAAAAGUUUCUUUCUCACUCGUCUCUUUGUAGUUAAAUGACAUGGCAUGAAUGCAGCAUUAAAACAAAGACGCCACACUCCUUCUGAAUUGCUUCUCUCCCUACAGUCCCAUGGGCUUGACAGGACGAGUUCAGUUUGUUGAGCUGUAACUGGACAAUCACUGCUGAGGGAGUGGGUUUAGUAAAUCCCACUCUCUCAGUCGACUUCACUCACAGUCAGCUGCAACUUCAACAGUCACACCCUCCUGUUUUUGUGUCUUCUAUGUACUAAAGUAAAAGCAUUUACUGAGUAAACGCAAGUUCAGUGGAGGCGUCCAUGGUAAUGGCACUAAAGAGAGAGGAGAAAACAUUGAGCACAAUCAGCUCUAUUAGAAGGAAACAGCUUCUGAUCCUCUGAUGAUUGCAUCAUUAAAGUCAUUUUAGGAGAAAAAAACACACAAUAGGUGCUUUUUGAACUCCAUUUAUCAAGGCAGAGCUCUUUCUUUUCAAGCCAUUUCUUAAAGAGAUUUCUCAGUGCAGUGAGACCCAGUGACCUCUCAAUGCCUGUGACGGUGGCAAAAAGCUACCGGGGAUGAAAAUGAUGGAAAAUUACACCGCCAUUAUUCUCUAAACCUGCGCAAAGUCGCAUUUUCUUCAGAAAAAUCCAGGCAUGCCAUCAGCCUAAAUCACAAAAUGGGAUUGAAGCAGUAAAGAGGCAGCGUUUUAGAAACUACCCCAGGCUCAGCUUUUAUUAUGAGAUGUUAUUUUGGUGAACUGUGUGGAGUUCAGCAUCAUGAACUGGAGUAAACGCUUGGAAGAAGAUUGGGUGGAUGCUGGGGACAACAAGCUCUGACUGACAGCUCUGUUUUUGUGAUUACUUAGACUGUAAACCUGCAAAAAAAAACCAACUAACUUUUAGUUAUUGUUUCACUUGCUGGAGUAGACUAAACUAAUUUAAAGUCUUUCUGGAGUCUACAGGACAUUAAAUAUGUUGCUGUAAUUUAAUAAACCUCCAAAGCUUUAAAGACUUUAAUUCAGUGAGAAAGUCUAGACAGUGUUAAAGCUCUUUUGCCAUGCAGAGUCGCAGGGGACUGUCUUGCCUAAUCUUCCAAUUAAUUUCUAUUUUAAGAUGGUUAAUGUUUACUUUUCACCACAUAAGACUCAUCCACAUAAUGUUUUAUGCAAAUAGUAGCUCCGACAGUGUAAGUCCUUACUGUGGAGCAUAGUUUGCUGUUGCAUGUUUCAGAUUUGUCUACACAGCUCGAUACAAACACACACAUUCACACAAUUACAAAUUGCAAUCAAUGACAGCAUAUGGAUUGUACGUUGCUUUUGAUUCUAAAUCUGCUUCAGUAAUCCUUGACUCCCGAUUUAAAAAGGCCUACAAUCCCUGCUGACUCUUCUUUGCGAAAGUAAAAAUUAAUAUUUGUAAUUAUCCAAUCCACCCUCUACAGGAUUUAUAUUAUAUAUGACAAUAAUAGCGUUUACAUGCACACUAAUAUUCCACUGUUAUUCUGAAUUUGAUAUGGGUGAUGUAAACAGCAUAUCCCGAAUACAGUAUUUUUGAUUGCCCCUCUUAAUUUUCAUUCUUUCAACACAUAUGCAUCUCAAUUGGUGUUCUACCACAGACACAUGACUUCUUGCCUGUUCUCUGUUUGUUGCACACAAACCAACAAGACAACAGUUUGCAAGAAUGGGGUAGAGAUGUAUGCCAAAAGAAAGGGCCAUAUUUCUGUUCAGAAGGAGAAAGACACCUGUAUUUAAACAUUAACAAAGGAAGAAUUUGGAUGUCUGCGAGUUUUUGGAUACAUAUCACAACAACAACCUAUUACCUGUCUAUGGAAAACUAGAGAAUUUAAGCGGGAGUAUUAUUAUGAUAUUUAUAUAUUCAUUACUCAUAUAAACAGCUUAGGAGGAUGAUUGUCCUUUUUGGACGAGGGACAAAAUCUGGAACAUUUUGUGCAUGUAAAUGUAGUCAGUUAUUUAUAUCCAGGGCUAAUGUUCAGUGCCAGUACUGGAACCGCAGUCUGCUAGGAAUGAGAUAAAAAUAAAUAAGGACAUAAAAACUCAACCAAGUCAUUGCAGUUGCCAAAUCUUAGCAAGAUAAAGAAAGAAUAUAAUCAUUUUCAUCGGGGAUAUUAGUCAGUGAACAUAAUCUGAGGUUUCUCUAAAUCAUCUGAUAGCAGUUUCUUCAUGGUGUUAGGGAUAAACUAUGUAAGAAACUUCUUCUUCGACUGAAAGAUAAUCAUCAGGCUGUUUUUUCACUGCAGGACCUUGCAGGCUGUUUGGCUGUGGGUUAAAACCUUUGAGCUUACCGACUGUGGGGCAGGUGCUUCUGAGCUGCCCUGAAAAAAUUCAAGACAAUGAACGUUAUUUCUUCUGCCCCCUUGAUGUUCUCAUUCAGCAGCAGUCAUCUCCUGUGAAACAUCACCUCCAGCAAUGUAAAAAUGACAAUAUUUCUAGCUUAACAAGCAUCCAUUGUUCCUUUGUGCUCAUAGAAUUGGCAAUGACAACCAACAAUUUCAUUUGGCAGACACUUUUAUCCAAAGCAACACACAUCUUAGAGUAGAUACAAGACAAGGUAGAUAGGACAACGCUGAGGAUCUUGCCUAAGGGUCAUCACUGAACAACUGCACCCUGACCUGGAUUUGAACCACCAAUCUUCUAUGUUAAAGUCAGGGGUGUUAGUCAUCGAGCUAUCCAGCUGCAAUACGCUCUAUUAUCACUAUUUAUCAUUGUUUGGGUGCACUUCUCGGUCAGAGCUGUUGGAUAAUGCACCACAAUGGAAACAGAGAACCUGAUUGGGCCCAUUACAAGGCCAUUCCUGUAAAUGUUGGUUCCACCUCAUUGCCUGCCCCGAGUUCCUGCAGUGGAAAGAUGCCUAUUAAUAGCAAAGCAUACUUCAUCAACAAUCUUCAAUCCAAAGUUUUAUCAGCACCAGUACAGCUGCCAGUUUUCAAAAACACAAAGGUGUAAUUUAAAGCCUUUAGUACUAACAAUAAGAUUAUUUUUGUCAAACCUUUUUUUUUAAACUAACCAAAUACUGGCAUUUGUCAGCCUUUUUACUAUAAAUGCAUUAGAGAAGUAAUUGUACGACUUUGAAUUAAUCAGUCACAGACUUAGAGGGGAAGUAUACAAUCAGACUGUGUGGACAUCAGAGAGACUUAAACUGUGGGUCAGAGGGGAUGCAGACAGACACACUCAUCGAGUGUUUUAGAUGCUGGUUCAUGUGCAUUAGUUGAUCUGUUUUUCACAGUUGCAGCCGAACAGUAAGAGCCGAUUCAAUCUGAAUAUCAGACAUUCAGGAGGAAAUGUAAAGAUCAGCACCAUAAACAGGGACACACACACACACACACACACACACACUCACACAGUCACUGUAGAUGCUUCCAGUUGUUAGGAUACAAAGUUUACAUGAAAUAAACAUCUGUAUACUGCUUGAAGCUGAGUGUCACUCAGAGCAUCCUGCAGGUUCGCUGAUUAUUUUAAAGUGUUCGACGCUAGUAUCAGAAGUUUCUGUUGUAAAACUAUGUAGGGGACUUUAAAAACAGUAACUCACAGGUGAAGAUUUUUAAUUUUAUUACAGAUAUACUUUAUUGGGUGAUGCUUUGUGCUUUACCACACAUGCAAGAUUUUGAAAUGUUUUUUUUUUUGUCAGUAUUUUAUUAAAAUUGCUAUCUACCUUGUUUAUUACAAAGGUGUCAGAUGUUGUAUGAAGUGUAAAGUAUGAGUUUAGAAUCAGUUUUUUAUUUAAGAAAUCCAGCAUUUCGAAUGUUAUCUCUGUGUUGUUGUUAUGUCUUUCCUACCAAUUCUUGGAUCAAAGUAUUGCUGGAUACAUUUCAGAAACCAGCUGUAACAGAUGUAUCAGUAUUGACGGCUUUCAGGUUUUUAAAACCACUCAGGGAGCCACUGUGGAGGUCCUUAGCCAUUUACUUAAACCUUUGAUUCGACCAUCUCAGCAAAUAUGAACACAAAUAACUCAGUUCUGGGCUUUUUUCUCUGGAAACUGUGAAUCCUUUAAAAUGGACAUGUAAAACCCACAUGUUGUUUUUCUCCCAUACAAAGUAAUAUUUCAAGAACACAUAUAUGAACAUAAAUGAAGUAUCUGUGAAUUUACAUGCAAGUUUAUGAUGUGUCUUUUUCCCACAUUUGCAACCUACAAGCUCAGAUUUGCAACUUGACAUUAAUUCCAUUAUUCCAUUAAUUUUGCAGUGCUUCACUAGUCUAAACAAAUGACCAAUAAUGGGCGUGCAAGAGAUCUGCAGGACUUGCAAAUUUAGCAUCAAGUUACUAUAUGUACUUCAGCACAAGCAGAACUCACAAACUGCUUGAUGAAAUGACUCACAAUCGCAUUUUUGGCAUCAGAAGAUUCAUAUUUUCCGUGGGGCGCAGGCUGCCUCACAUCCUGAAGCAUCUCCAAACACUACAUGCUGUCAGCUUUAGCAGCUUCAUUGUGAUUUUUUUAAAACUAAGUAUCAACAAAGUAAAUAUAAGAAGUGAAAUUAACUUUUCACCAUUUCGUGGAGAAAUUACAGGGUUUCUGCUUUAAUUGAACUUCAGUGAGAGCGUUACUGUAAUCCAAGAACCAUCAGAGGAUUUUAAAGAGCUCACUGGUUUAAAACAAAAUCCAACUUUAAGGCUCUUCUUGGUGUGAGUGCACAGCAUAUAUACUAUAUUAUAUAAUUUGGCUUCAUCAAGUUGCUUGUUUUUUAAAGAAACAACGCUGAUAAUCAUGUGUUUCUACUACUGCAGUACAGAAAAUGGAGCUUUUAACUCCUGUUUGACUGAUACUUUCUCCACUUUACUGCUUGUACUGUAGCACAAAACUUUACAUCCUAUUGAUGAGACCAAAUCACUUCGUAUGGGGGAAAAAAGCAGGAAGCAAAUGCGCAUUUCAUGAUAAAACACACCGACUAAGAAUUAAAAAAAUCAGCUGUGGUAAUUCUCUAGCGGACCUCCAUGGUGGUUCCCAGUGUGGUUAGCAGCACAUUUGUGAUGAAAAUAAAAACUCUCCAUGCCUGGGGCAGCAUUUCUCCAAGUUAGGGCAAAACUUCAUCCCAUUAUAAAAUAUAUACAUUGAACGUGUCUAUCAUAUGUUUGGGAGAUUGUACAAGAGAUGACUUUGCCAUAACUCCAUAUAGAAAUUGGAUGUAUUGUUUGCCUUCAUCUGGUUCAAACACACCUCCGAAAGAGGACAAGUGUGGUUUCACUGCUGUACAAUAAAUGUCCUGCUGUUAAAUAGGGCAAUCCAAACUACGCUGAUUAGCAUGACUUUGUUUUCCCAGUUAAUAGAUCAGUGAAAGUGGCAGAAAUGACAGCACAGCAACUGUAUAGAUUGAUACAAUGUUCACACCGAGAGUUUUGUUCCAAAGUGACGAUAUUAAAAAAACAUUAUCUCUGCAAAUGAUGUCUGUCAUGAAAAUGUGAAAUGAAACAAUCAUCUUUGUCUGAUUUCAUUAAUCAAUUUUCACGCGCCGUUAUUCACAUUAAUGCUUCAUUUUGGACUGAAAUUCUGUGUUCAUAAGCUUUGUCAGUGUACUACACACUCUGUAAUGAUUUAUUUGCUUGUAGGUAAUUGGACCAGCAAUGUUCAUUUAUCACUGACUUUGACUAAUGUUCGAUUUCUCUCAGCCAAAGCCACUUCUUCCAUUAAGAACCUAAUGUAUUGUUUCUUCUCGUUAAGUAUUUGUGCUUUGAACAGUUGGACGCUGAAUGACAUUUUUUUAAUGACUGAUAAUUUUUGAAAAAUGAAUGCAUUGCUUUCAGUUGAUUUAUUUAAUUUUCAUAUCACUGAUUGUAUAGUUACAGUAGGAGCUGUAGGGAGACCAAACUAAACCUGAAUUGUGAAGUUAUUAUGGAAAGCCAGUAUAUUAUAGGAGCAAAAGCUGUUCAGUUAGCAGGUGUUAAAUGUAUAAAUGUCCUCAAAGGCAAUUUGCUGAAAUGCAUUAUGUAAAAUGAUCAAAAUAAAUAUGGACACACGCAGA